UUCACUCGUAAUGCAAGUACAGCUGUCAACUUUAAACAUGUCGCUUCCGUAUAAUAGAAAGUUUAAUUCACCGGUAGUUUUUUAAUAAAUAAACCCUAAUUUAAUACAAUUCAUUAUCGAAAUGUGACCUGGAUAUAUAGUAAAUAUUUUGUACAAAUUUACAAACGCAUUCCUAACCUAUAAUCACGUAAAUUUAACUCGUAAAAUGAUGUGAAAUCAAAUGCAAAAAUUAGUUAAUUACAAAUCCAAGUUGAAAUAAAGAUUCAAAAAUGGAUCAUUCCGAUUUAAUACAAGAAAUGCCUCAAAUCGAGCAGUUACCGACACAAGAUCGUUUGGCACUGGCCCGAAGACGUAGGGCUCAUCAGUUAAAGAUAUGGAUACAGAAGGAAAAGGAGUACCAUCGCAAAGCAGUCAAGGCGUACAAGUCCGCUAAGCCCAACAUACAAUUUAGAGAUAGCGUCGUGCUAUUGGAGGCAGCGGCCCGGAAUGAUAUCGACGAGGUCCGCAAUUUGCUGGUGAGAGAGGUUAGCCCCGACUCGUGUAAUGAGGACGGGUUAACCGCUUUGCACCAAUGUUGUAUAGACGACAACGAGGCCAUGCUACUGCUACUACUCGAAUAUGGUGCUAACGUAAAUGCGGAGGACAGCGAGAAGUGGACACCCCUGCACGCUGCUGCCACCUGUGGGCACCUAAGAUUAGUUAGUAUAUUAAUAGCUCACGGAGCAAAUUUACUAGCAGUCAACGCCGAUGGUAAUAUGCCUUAUGAUAUCUGUGAGGAUGAGGCCGCUCUUGACUAUAUCGAAGGUGAAAUGGCCAACAGAGGGGUGACCCAGCAGUUGAUCGACGAUACACGAGCUCUAACCGAAAAACAAAUGCUCAUCGACCUGCAGAAGGUAGCGGUCGCAGGCGGGGACUUGGAAAAAUACGACAGUCAAGGUGCUACCCCCCUUCACAUAGCGUCGGCCAAUGGCUAUACGUCUGUAGUCGAAUUUCUGCUCGAUCACAACGUGCAUACGGACGUUAGAGAUCGAGAUGACUGGCAACCGGCGCAUGCUGCCGCCUGCUGGGGUCAUUUGGAGGUCCUCGAAAUUCUCGCCCAGUACGGCGCCGAUCUCAACGCGAAAAACAAAAACGAGGAGACGCCCGCCGAUAUCUGCGAGGAUCCGGAAUUGAAAGAUCGAAUACUGCAGUUGCGGACGGAGCAGGAGAACAAGAGACUGGCGGAGAACAAGAGGCAGAGAGUUCGGAGGUCGCAGAGCAAUACGAGGGCGCAGUCCGUACGGCGGACGUCGUUGCGCGAUAAGGGGCUCACCGCGCGAAGGGACGCGGUGGAGGAGGCGCGGUUGCGGAUGCAAGCGGAAAAUAAAAAGGGUAUCGACAACAUCGACAGCAUUGUACAAAACACAAAGUUUAACGAUAUCGGUCGCGGCGAAGGUUACGAAAACGGAAAUGCAUUGGCGGUAGCAGUCCUCGAAAGUAGAAAGGGUCCAGAGGGGAAAGAUAACGACUCGUUGGAGAACGGCGAACUGAUCGAUACCAAGAACGAAACUACCUAUACGACCGAUGUUAAUGGUAAAGUUACAGUGGUGCAUGUAGUUGUUACAAUUAAUGGUAAUGGAACUUUAGCAGAUCUAAAAAAACAAAGAAUGCAAAUUAGAAAUAGUUCGAGCGAUGUCAAUAGCUUGACAUCACCAGUUAGUGGUCUUCCCGAUAACGAAUCCAUUCCUACGUCUAGUUCCAAUGAUAUUCAUAGAUUUACGGGUCAUACGGACGAAAUUGUAGGUUAUUCUAAGUCAAAACGUUGCUGCGUUAUACAAUAAUCGAUCACUCAUUGCUCAUAUCCCGUUUUUUUAAACACUGUUCUAUUAAGAGAACUCCGAAACCGGUUCUAGUUUUCCCAGAAAAAAAACACUGCCAACUAAUAGAUCAGAGUUUUUGCGUUUAUUUACAUUCCCCCUAUCAUCCGUCCAUCUCUCAUCACUUUUAAGGCCUAUAUCAUUAGUAUUAGCGUAGUAGAAUUGUUAGCCGUUAGAUCGUUUAUUUAUUAAAAGGGUCUAUUGACAUUCCAUUUUUAUGAUAAUCAAAUGAAAAAGCGCAUCACUAAGAGGUAAGUCAAAUCGUUUUAGCUUACUUAGUUUCUUUGACGCACAAAAAUCAAAAUUUUCAAUUGGAAUUUUCAGUUUUCAAUGUGAAAGCUAAUUAAUUCACUCGCAUUGCCAUUGUUUAUUAUCGCGAAAGAAGUCGUCGUUCCAAUUCAACCAAGCUGCCAGUGUCCCUUUUUUUCCGCUCAUUGCUGGGUUACUAAUUCUUUUCACAGUUCUAGGAACAGAAAAAUUGUCAGCAGAACUGAUGAUGUUGAAACAUGUUAAAAUGUGAUCAGAUUGUCAGAUUUUUCUAAAUUGUCUUCCUUACCAAAGAAACAAGUCUAAUUCACACUUCAAAAUUUCACUGUUCCUCAGAUAUGCCGGUUGAUUUGGAACAGGGUGGCCACUUUGUUUUCGCUACUCUUUUCGCCACAUCCUUUGUUUUGCUAGGACCUGAUCAUUAGUCUGCGAGCUACAAUAUUCUUCAGUGUACCUCAUAAAUAAGUCAUCCUGCUAUAAUAACUUCUUGCUUCCAUUUUCAGUAUUACGUAAUCGUGUAGGAGUUAAGUUUUUGUCUUUUCGUACAGCGCGAAAUGCUUUACAAAUACAAAUUAUUGUUUGUUACUACUUUUAAGUGCCUGUUUUUUAUUAUCGUUACACAGAGGCCUUAUAAAAUUUGCCUCUCUUUCAAUAAAUUCUAUUAAAAUUGAUAUCGUAAAUGAAUUAAUAUAGCAGUGUUAUCGUAAACAUCACAUUCCAAUACAUUUCACUAUGUACCUUCUUAUGUACUUAAGCUUAUUUGUCAAGUAUCGGUUGAUAAUGCGCACACACACACACAUACACCCCCUCAUGCAAUAUCUACUUACGUCAAUUAAGUAUAUUUAAUAGUAUUUGUCUCACUUGCCAUUACAUCAUCCAUUUAUUUACCGACAUAGCAAUAAUUUCUCUAUAAGGCUGAAUGUUACGUGCUUCUAAACUAUUUUUUUUUAUUUCCCUAAUGUUUUAAAGUGUAAAAUAUGUAAUUUUGUACAUAAUUUGCUCUUAUCAUUGCCAUUUUUAGGUUAGGUUGAGGUUCGUUAGUAUUAUUUUUUUUACAAACGGGAAGAAGUGAAAUUGAAUUCCGUUGUGUUGGCUGUUGUCUGAGUUAUAUAUUUUUAUUUAUUAAUUAUUGUAUGAUUUGUAAAAACAUAUUGUGAACGAUACGAUGUUAACAUUUGAAAAACUUAAUUGUUAAGAAACACAACAGUUGUUAAAUUUUUAUAAAAAUAAAGUUCAUAGCAAAGUUA